UAACUUAUAUAUCCAUGGAAACCGGGGGAGUGUUUGGCGUUAGGCCUUAGAAUAUUUACGGUAAAUCAUAAUAUAUUUUUGCUAGUUAUUUUGUAUAGGUAAAGGCAUGUCGAUAGUGGAAAUCGCACACCAUAACGAAGUCAUUUACACCAUUCUCGACAAACCCCCACCGGAUCCACCGAAGACGCCCAGGUACCACUCUGAGCUAGAGAAACAGCUGAAGGCCCGAAAGAUACCCCAACUGCGUCGGACAUUUGGGUACGCGGAGACGCCGGUCAACCCCCCUGACCAGUUCCUUAAGAAGGGGGAAGGAUAUAGUCAACCCGUAAAGAAGUCAGACCACAAAUGCAUCAAGGGCGACUUACCCGCCGUGCCGAGGCGACCCCCGCCAGGAAAGGGGCCAGAAAAACCUAAGGUCAACUUUAGGGUACUCAACAUUAAGAAAGCCGUCAAGGUUAAGGGUAGACCCGUAGAGCCGAGAUUAGUAGACACCCGCGACGGCCAUAUAAAGAAGAUCAAGGGCUCCGGUGAAGUCCCGGAAUACUGUCUCCGACCGGACUUCGGGCGUAUGCCGGCUUACCUGGUGCGUCGCAACAGGAGAAUCAGAAUGGAACAGGAAGCCAUGCAGUACGCUGAUGAUCACAAGGAGAGUCUGUGCAAGCAGCUUGCUGAUGAGGAGAGAGAGAAACUGCUCAAGGACCUGAAAAACAAAUGGCAGCUGAAGCAGAAGGCGUUCCUCCAGCUACCCAUGCUCACAGACACGGUGCCGAAAAUCAUGAAGAAAGUUAAGAUGGAGCAGGAGCUGAAACAGCUCGAGAAGGACAUACAGCUCGUCGAGUCCAACCCGUAUAUAUACAUUUAUUGAGUGUACAUAAUACGGGGCCGCAACUAAAUUUAUCUCAGGAGGUCGAUUCU